UCGAAUCUCAAGACGGGGCCAACCGCUCAAUCUCCUACAACGGAUAACACGUGCUGGCGUCGUCCUAUUUGCAAUAUAGUCCAGAAUGGCGAUCUUCUCUCUUACAAACAUCGCAGCCUCUCUGGUCAGUCUCUACGUCAUCCGCCGCAUCUAUUGGGAGGCAACGACCGGCGCACGACGCCGUGCCUUUGCAAAACAACACGGCUGUCUUCCACCCAGACAGCGCCUAAAUCGCAUAUUCCCCGACUUCAUACCCCAUUUUGGCCUCGACUUUACCCUGAGCAAUCUUGGCGCGCUCAAAGCCCACGUCGUCCUUGAACAACAGUCAGACGAUCUAAAAGAUGCAGGGACACACACCAUUGACAAUCAAGAAAUCGGUCGAAACUUCUUUCUCACAGACGAUCCGGAGAAUGUGAAGAGCAUGCUUGCCACCAACUUCGACACGUGGAGUUUGGGCCAAGAGCGAAUAGAUUAUCUGAGUUCGUUUCUGGGCCACGGCAUCUUUACAAACGAAGGGAAAGCGUGGAAACACUCGCGCGAAAUGUUGCGGCCGUGUUUUGAACGCUCUGCUGUGGCUGAUGUAUCGAUCUUUGCUAAGCACACUGAAAGACUCAUCGCUCUACUGCCUACAGAUGGAAGUGACGUGGAUUUACAACCGCUGUUUCACGAACUGACGUUGGAUGUCGCUACGGAGUUCUUGUUUGGACGCAGUACUGACUCGCUUGAUCGCGAAAACGAUAGAAAGGAAGUGCAGGAGUUCAUCGAAGCGCUUGAAUACUGUGGAGAUCCCCUUUCGAGCGACAAUGUGCAGAAAUAUGGAUACCUGGGCCUCUUCCUGCGUGAUCGGAAGCGGAAUAGGAGUAUAAGACUCAUCCAAGAUUUCACCGACAAAGUCAUCGACGAGGAACUCCGCCUAAAAGAAGAAACCAAAGACAGCCAAGAUAACCGCUACAUUUUUCUCGAUGAAAUCGUAACCGCAACACAAGACCGCACGGUAAUCCGCAGCGAACUGCUCAACAUCCUCCUCGCAGGCCGCGACACCACCGCCUCCCUCCUCUCAAACGUCCUCUGGGAACUGCCGCGCCACCCAUCCAUCCUCGCCCGCCUGCGCGCCGAAAUAACAACCACCAUCAUCGGCGAGACCGAAAAUGGCAAUGAAGACCACCCCCCAUCCUACCAACAGCUCAAAGAAAUGAAGUACCUCCGCGCCAUCAUCAACGAAUCCCAACGCCUCUACCCCAUCGUCCCCGCAAACUCGCGCCAAGCACUGCACGACACCGUCAUCCCCAAUGGAGGAGGAGGAAGAGCAGGAUCCCCCAUCCUCGUCCCCAAAGGCUCCUAUGUCGUCUACCACACCUACUCCAUGCACCGCCGCCCCUCAAUAUUCGGUCCAGACGCCCACGAAUUCAAUCCAGACCGCUGGCUAGACCCGGGGUUCCGCCCUGGGUGGGCGUAUAUACCUUUUAGCGGGGGCCCGCGGGUGUGUAUAGGGCAGAAUUUCGCGCUGACAGAGGCGAUGUUUGUAAUCGUUAGGUUAGUGCAAAAAUUUGAGUUUGAGAGGAAGGAUUUUGAGGAGUGGAGGGAGAAGUUGACGGUUACGUGUACGGGGCUUGGGGGCUGUAAGGUUGGGCUGGGGAAGAGGGAAAGGGGUAGGAGGAUGUAGGUGUUUUGGUCAAGUGUUGUGUGUGUUGUGUACUAUAUUUGUGGAAAAACUUUACUCAAUUUCUUACUGGUCUUCACGACUGCUUUUCUUUCGUGCAAACGCAACUGAAAGGAUUUAUAUCUUCUCUACCUACCAGAGGCCAUCAGUACUGCUCUCGACACAUUUGUAAGUAA